ACACGCGGAUGGGAUUCUGGUUAAGAACUGUGUUAUUAAUUGUUUGUUAAUUUCGUCUGGAUGUUUUUACACGGUUCAAAUAGUGUAAGACGCUUUUAGUAUCAUAGAGGAGUCAGUGUCACUGUAUAAAUUUUCCUUCCUUUCUGUUAUUGAACAUUCGGCAGCGACACGUGAGUAAUACGGACGCAGAGAAAUGCUGGUGGAACUGAUCACUGGAAGUUACGAACAGAUAGCAUUUGGUUAUCGAGUAUGUCCUGGAGAAAAGGAAUGGACAUUAACGCCAGUUUUUACACAUCACGCACACACAGCCUCGUUGUCUUCAGUGGCGUCCAGUGAGCGGUUUAUCGCUACGGGGAGUAAGGAUGAAACCAUUCAGCUUUAUGACAUGAAGAAGAGAACUGAACAUGGGUCUUUACUGCACCACGAUGGUUCCAUCUCAUGUUUGCAGUUUUAUGGCACCUCCCAUCUUCUGAGUGGGGGGGAAGACGGCUUACUGUGUGUCUGGAGCACUAAGAAGUGGGAAUGCCUCAAAUCCAUCAAAGCUCACAAAGGCUCUUUAACUGCACUGUCUGUCCACCCGUCCGGCAAACUUGCACUCUCUGUGGGAACAGAUAAGACACUGAGAACUUGGAAUCUAAUUGAUGGAAGGUCAGCUUUCAUCAAAAACAUAAAACAAAAUGCACACAUCGUGCUGUGGUCUCCUGAGGGCAGUAAGUAUGUGGUGGUGAUCAAUGAGAAAGUAGACGUCUACAGCCUUGACACAGCCUCUGUGAUCAGCACCAUCAGAAACCCAAAGAGAAUCUCAACCAUUAAGUUCCUGAAGGAGAACCUGCUCGCUGUGGCAGGGGAUGAGGAGACUGUCAGAAUAUAUGAUCUGACAUCACAGAAGUGUGUGUGUGAAUUCACAGCCCAUGAGACCAGAGUGAAAGCCAUCGACAGCUUCACCACAGAAGAUACCUGUGUCGUUGUGACGGCAUCAAAUGAUGGAUUCAUUAAGUUGUGGAAAGUCAAUCUUGAGGUCUUGGAUCCCCCAGUGCUGCUUGGUCAGGUGAAUACGACAGCCAGGCUGACGUGUCUGUCUGUUUGGCAGUCCACAGCAGAGCUGAAGGACUCAGGAGAACACACAGGACAAGCAACAACUUCGCAGGUGUCUGAAGAUGCUUCUCAGCUCUCUAAGAAGAAGAGAAUGCAUAUCUCAUCUGAGGAGGUGGUUCUACAGGAAGACAGUGGCUCCAAACCUGAAAAAAAGCAAGGGAAGAAGAAGAAGCAGAAAGUGCAAUAA